CCGCUGGAGGAAGAGAGACGGCGGCGGUGUCGGAGGGAGGCGGCCAUAUUGUUUUCCUCUAAUAACAGAUCGGUUUAUUUAAAUAUAAAGGUUUGUUUUUAGAGAGUGCAUGUUGUAGAGGAGUUAUAACACACCGCGUGUGGUUGUGUGUUUAAUCACAGAGAUGUCGGCUCAGGCUCAGAUGAGAGCUCUGCUCGACCAGCUGAUGGGAACGGCGAGGGACGGUUCAGUGUAUCUUUGCCAGCCUACAUCAAUCUGCACGGGAGUUGCAGAAAAGCCUCAUGUUCAUCGAGCCGUGAGUCACACAUGAUUUUUAACGCUGUUAUGAUCCAAGUUAUAAUCACACACCAAUGGUAGUCUGUGAUAUUUGCUUUUUUUCCAACACUUAUUCUGUCAGCCACAGUAAAGAGAAAUUUAAUAAGUUCAUAAGUAAUAAUAAUUAUAAUUAAAAAAAUUUGGAAGAAAGAAGGCAGGCGGGCUUUAACGCGCGCUUGCCGCCGUUUGCGCUUACUAGCACGCUGACUGACCAGGACUUACAGGAAUAAAAGAAAACAAAGAAAGAAAAGAAGUCAAUCCUGCGCCGACGCUCUGCUGCACUUUGACUCUUGUGUAUGAUUCCCAACUUCCUUAUUGCAGGUUUGGCAUUUUAAUCUUUAAUAAGGCCACCGAAGGGCUGGAGCUCCAGGCUGGUACGGUAUGGGAGAGAGAGAGCGAGAGAGAGAGCUCGCAGUGUGUAUAAAACUAACACUUUACUCUGAAGUUCAUGCUCUUAUUUUAUUUUAAAUUGUUUUUUUUGUUUACUUUUUUGUAUUUCUUUCCUCACAUCAUGUUGUUAAUCACUAAAGGAGUGGAAGCUGAUAAUCAUCUGUGCGAUACGUCACAAUGUGUUUAACACGCACAAUGUCUCACGUGUAACACAAAUAAGGUUUAAAACAAAUGUCAUUUUCAUUAAUAAUUCUGUAUCUGGUGUUAUUAGUGACCCCUAGUGGACGGAUCGUGUAAUUACUCAGACUUACUAAAGCGCGCAGGCCUGUUGAGUGACUUUAAUGACAUUGUGCGUCUUAAAUAUCGCUUAUUGACGUUUUAAACCCCAUUUUAGAUAGUCUUCAUAAAUAUACACACCUGUAUAAGACCUUAAAAAGAAUCUCACACAUGUGAGGAUGCUGAUUCCAAAAGUUAAUGCCCCUUAUUAAAAAAAAGCCUGCCCUCUUUUGUCAGGGCCCGCCCCUUUCCUGUCCCGUCCCUUUUCUCCAGGUUUAGGAGUGUGUGUCAGUGUUUGAGAGCGAGGCGUGUCCAGGUGUGUGUGUUGGCUCACUGCAUGCGUGUGUUGCUGUUGCAGGAGACGAGUCUCGACAGCGGGUGAAGUUCACGGACGAGCGAGUGUGUAAGUCUCACCUGCUGAACUGCUGUCCUCAUGACAUCCUGUCAGGCACGCGUAUGGACCUGGGCGAGUGCUCCAAGAUCCACGACCUGGCCCUGAGGGCCGACUACGAGAUCGCGUCUAAAGAGAGGGACCUGUUCUUCGAGCUGGACGCCGUGGAUCAUCUGGAGUCGUUCAUCGCCGACUGCGACCGGAGGACCGAGCUGGCCAAGAAACGCCUCGCCGAAACACAGGAGGAGAUCAGCGCAGAGGUCGCCGCCAAGGCGGAGAAGGUGCACGAGCUGAACGAGGAGAUCGGGAAGCUGUUGGCGAAGGCGGAGCAGCUCGGUGCUGAGGGGAACGUGGAUGAGGCCCAGAAGGUCUUACAGGAAGUGGAGAAAGUGCGCACUAAGAAGAAGGACGCUGAGGAGGAGUACAGAAACUCCAUGCCUGCCUCCAGUUUCCAGCAGCAGAAGCUUCGUGUGUGUGAGGUAUGCUCCGCCUACUUGGGUCUCCAUGACAACGACCGUCGCCUGGCCGACCAUUUUGGUGGGAAACUUCACCUGGGCUUCAUCCAGAUCCGAGAGAAACUCGAGCAGCUGAAGAAAACGGUUGCGGAUAAACAGGAGCGGCGAAACCAGGAGAGACUGAAGCGUCGAGAGGAGAGGGAGCGUGAGGAGAGGAUGAAGAGAAAGACAAAGUCACGCAGCCGGGAGCGCAGGAGGUCUCGCUCUCGUGAUCGCGAGCGUGAGAGAGAGAGGAGACGGAGGAGGUCUCGCUCGUCCUCCAGGGAGAGACGUAGGUCAAGAUCUCGAUCCCGAGACCGAGAGAGACGCAGGAGACACCGAUCACGCUCCAGAUCUCCCUCACACUCUCGCAGAGAACACUCGCACAGGUCAUCACGGGACCGUCUUAACGGGAGGGCGGAGUCUCGUCGCUCCGGGGACAGAGAGUCUGGCGAGCUCUGAGGGCCGUAACCUGGCACAGUUAUCAUGGAAACUACAGCGUGUCUCUUGGCUAUGCGUACAUCUUCUCCUCUCCUUGACUUCUCCCUCAGUUUUUUUUUUUUAGGUUUGUUUUUAUUUACAGAAACACAGACUAGUGCAGUGUUGAGUCACUGCUUCUCCCUCCCCCUGCUGCCUGUCAGGAGGACUAAACUCGUCCCCCCCCCCUCCGUGCCGCAGAUACCGCGUGGUCUUUGUAGUGUUUACACUUUGUUUGGGGGUGGGGACUUUAUCUGUGUGUGCGAGUGUGUGCGAGUGUGUGCGAGUGUGUGCGAGUGUGUGCGAGUGUGUGCGAGUGUGUGCGAGUGUGUGCGAGUGUGUGCGAGUGUGUGCGAGUGUGUGCGAGUGUGUGCGAGUGUGUGCGAGUGUGUGCGAGUCCCCAAACAGGUGAUGAAGGUGAAAUCCUGUGCUGGACUAAUUAAUGUAGGACUCAUUACGGUGCAUUAGUCCUCUUUUCCUUAUUCCACUCCCUGUUCUUUUAUAAACUCCCUCUGAUUUAUCUCGUCUCUCUGUAAUGCAUUAUUAAAUAAAUUUUAUUAACACUUG